CUCUCAAACAGCGGGCAUUGCAAGAGGCCGCAGGACCAUUCUUAAACAUAUCUGGAAUAUGAGGAGAGAAAUUGCCGCGGUGGUAUUCCUCCUGAAGAGGCUUUUGAAAACUGGGAAGAAGUUGGAAUCCCACACCAUCGAUCGGUUUGUUGAGAGGUUGGCUGUUGCACUGCAGGAGAAGUUCAGGGGGCACUGGUACCCUGACAACCCCGUCAGAGGAGAGGCGUACAGGUGCAUCCGAGUGAACCGGUCUCAGAGGCAGGAUCCUGAGCUCCUUCGGGCCUGCCAAGAGAGCGGGAUUCAAUACAGUGACCUGGAACUGCCCCCUGAACUCACGUUGUGGGUGGACCCGGGCUCGGUCUGUUGCAGGGUCGGAGAGCAGAAUCCUUGCUUCUCCGUGGCCAGCUUCUCUAACGAGGAGGAGGAGGAGGACGUUGCUAAAGUGACCAGUGCUUUGGAGCGGGUGACAUCAGACUACCACUCAGGUUCUUCCUCGGAUGAGGAGAGCACGCGCGCUUCCCCCUUCGCUCUCCCCAACAGUCACUGUGCUUACCGGGCCACGUGGCAUCCUAAGAAGAUGGUACCAGGGAAAGCUUCCAUCCAUCCACGGCCUCACUACAGCUUCAGGCCUCGCAGCAGAGCCGCGCACACGUCAAGGCCCAGUCUGUGGGUCGCCCCGGGCUACGGGAGAGGGCGGGGGGGCUGGGACACAACACAAGAUGUGGCACAUUGUUACUUUUAGGAAUCCUGGUGAUUAUUGUUCGUUAAACCUGAAGACCACUUUAAAAUGACUGAACAAUGUUGUUUUUUAAACAUGAUUUUUUUUUUUUUUUUUUAUAGAUUACUUAUUGUUGUUUUUGACAAAACUCUCUUUUGCACUUUAGACUAUUUGUUAUACUUAUAAAUCACUUGUAUUAAAUUAGAUAUUGAAAUUGCAAUCCACAUUUUGAAGAACUGUAUUUUUACAAUGGGAGACGUUCAUGUAUACCACCUACUUUGUCCUUUGUGAGACAAUGUUUUAUUUAUUCCUAGUGCAGAAUUGUCAUGUAUAGACUCAAAAUUAUGGAGUUUUAUUAAACACAAUGUUCAAGCACCA